AUGAAGAAGCCAUCCACAGCCGCAUCGGCCGCGGCGCAGCUCCUCGUGCGCCACGCCGGGCGGGAGGCUGCCAAUGGCGAUAGCAUUGAGUUCUUCUCGGCCCUGCCAAAGUGCCAGCCUGAUCCUCACGUCACCGGUCAAACCGGGAGAGGACCAGGCCGACCCGCCGAGGGGAGGAGUAAGGUGAGGCGCGGAAGCAGCGGCGACGGCACCGACGAGCUGCUGUCCUCGGAGAUCGGAAAGCAUGACUAUGAUUGGCUGCUGACUCCUCCAGCGACGCCGCUCUGGUCACAGGCGACGAGAGCCUCCGACCAUCAGGUCUCCGCCGCCGCGGUGCCGAGUCGGCUGGCAAGAGCCAGAUCGACGUCACAUGCGAAAAGUAAUUCGCGGCUAGGCCCGACAGGCCGGCCGAAUGAGACUUCGACGUUAAGGUUGGCCAGGAGCAGCUCCGCGAUGCACUCCUCCAUCAACACGCCCGCGAUCGCGUCAUCCGGUCACGUAUCACACGUCCGGACACUUUCGUCGGUGUCGGCAUCCUCGAUCAAUACCGCCGCAAGCAAUGCGUCUGUGAGCUCCACGGCAUUGGGGUCCGCGACGACAAGCCCCCGCACGCCCGGGACAGCAAGGAGCGCGUGGGCGACCGCCCGGCCCUGUCGCCGGGACAAAGAGGGGAAGCAGGCCACCUGCUCCUUCGCGGGCCAAUCCAGGGCAUCGUCCAAGUCCAACCCCGGGCCCCCGGCGCCGACGUGCUCCCGUGCACACGCGACGCCCAGCGUUUCGAGCCCAAGGUCAACCACCUCCACGUUUCGUCGCCCUGCACAGGCCAGACGUGCCGAUGUCGUCGUGUCACGUUCGAGGCUGGCAAGCCAGAGUAGCGGCACCGGGUCAACGGCGCAGACAGCAUCGUCUUCCGCGCCUCAGCCUCGCGACGUGCAUCUUACAAGGGGCGCACGCGCAUUGCCAUCAUCAUCCAGCAAUGGCAUCAAGACGUGGCCGGUGUCAGUGGCCGUGAAGCAGAACGACAUGGCCGCGGCGAACGCGACGACCCAGAGGUGGCGGCAGUCCCUGGCCCCGGCGAUUGCUGCCGCUCGGAAUGCGCGGAGGGAGGACUCGUUGGACAAUGGAUCACGAAGAAACAGCGCCAGGCGAAAGAUCAACACCGAGAAGGCCACGCCUCAACGUACUGCUGUCGCCGCCGUGGGCAAUGGGCUCGCGAGGACUGGCUCCCGGAAGUCGGCAAACAGCAACGCAGAGCGCACCGUGAAUGAGAAUGAUGACGGCCGACGGCAGGACGUCAACCACGGUGGUGCCCUGGCCCACCGGAAGCAGGCGUUACAGCAUCGGAGCAGCCGCUCUGUGGCGUCAAGAAGCCGCCUUGGCCUCACGGUCACGGCCUCCGAAGCGUCCGGCUCGAUUUCCAAGUGCCGGUUCACGUCCGAGAACGGCCAUCGUGUGGCUGCCUGUGCGAGGAUCGCCGGGACGGACGCGUUCCCGAGCACGCGUUACGACGCCAUGCUGCUCCGGGAGGACCCCAAGAACCUGACGUGGCUGCGUGGUUGCGAUGACGGUGAUGACGGCAGCGGAGGCGGCUUAGAUUUGGUGGACGGCUCGCUGGAGCCGUUCGACGUGGCUACUGGGUUGCGCGGAACGGCGUUUUGGUGUGCUUCCGCUAAAACCCUAACCAGUGGAACCAGAGUUGUGGAGAAAGAUCAUGUGAAGAUGCGAGGAGAUGUUCCACACUACGCAAGGCUUGCACGGUUCGGGGAACGACAUGGCACAAGGUGGAACAUGGCGGUGAUUGAUGACUCGAUUGGUGGAUUUGGACACUUCGAGCACAGUGGAUCAAAACGUUCGAUGAGCUACAUCAACAGGGAUAUGUCCAGACGUGAAGAUUGGGUUGAUAAAGGCUAG